CCCGCUGUUCCACUGGAAAGCUUCCGGAAGUCGGCAACUGAUGCUAUUGUAAUCGUUGCUCUUUUAUGCUCAACAGACACGUUGUUCUCAUUCCCUAUCGAGGUUCUGAGAAAUGGAGGAUAUUUCUUUCUGAUCAUAUACUUCUUUAUUGCUUUCCUCAUAUCGUUUCCGAUUCUUCAUCUGGAGCUAUUCGUUUCCCAGUAUCUUCAAAGUGGUAUAUUGAAGUCUUUUUUGCUCUACGGAUCCGGCUAUACAGGAUUCGGUAUCAGUAUUCUCUUACUUACCUUAGCGAAUCAGAAUUUGGCUAUUCACAAAGGUUAUUACUAUCUCAACCAUGCGAUCAAACUAUAUGACGGUGUAGAAAAGAUUGUCGAUUGCAUGGGAAGCAGUUACGUGCAACGGAAUAACUGUGAGUCCCUCUACAAUAACAAAAUCUGCACAGACAUCGAUGGACACGGCAACGUCUUUGUUGAGGGUGCCUGCAAAAAUGUCACCGGAAAGGCAGAUCGUAUCGAGAGAGCUGCUAAUGUCCAAUCCUCUAUGAUGGCCUAUAUAGAACACGCGUUGCGACGCAUAUGUGGCGCAUCGACGGGACGCUUGUACGAGUUAGCAGAAACUCUAGAGCGUCGACGAAUUGAUUUCUGUGCCGUGCAGGAAACGAGAUGGUCCUGCUGCAAGUCCAGGGACAUUGGCCUCGGCUUCAAAGCCGUUCUUUGUGGUGGCCCCAAAACCACCGACGGCGUCGGGAUAAUACAGGGUGGCGAGAAAUUACGUGUGCACGAAUUUGGUAGCGAUCCCAUCGUGGUAGUCACCGAAUGCCAAAAGUACCAUCUCUUCUCUGCGUAUGCUCCGCAGACUGGAUGCUCCGAGCAAACCAAGGACACGUUCUGGAACCUGCUUGAUGAAAAGACAGCUGAAAUACCGUUCCAAUAA